GGACUUUGGAGAUAAGAGUUUAAAGUCAGGUCGACCAAUUUUCUUCUGUGAAUUAUAGUAUUGCUUUUGCUUCCAUCACUCAGAUAAACAUCAAGACGAAAAUGGCUGAAACAAUUCUCUACAACACUGUGACUGAAAUCCUGAAGAAGUUGGGUUCAUCAGUUCUCCAAGAGAUUGGGCUUGUAUCUGUGGCUGGGAAUGAACUUGACAAACUCAAAGACACCAUUUCUACAAUCAGAGCAAUUCUUGUUCAUGCAGAGGAGCUGCAAAGCACAAACCCUGAGGUAGAAGACUGGCUCGAAAAGCUCAACGAUGCAUUUUAUGAUGCUGAUGACUUGCUCGAUGACUUCUCCACUAAAGUUCUUCGGCGUCAAGUUAAGAGACGGAAUAAAAGGCUAAAGAAGUUACGACGUCAAAUUACGACUCAGAAUAACAAAAAGCUAAAGAAGGUACGCAAUUUCUUCUCGAGCUCAAACCAGUUUGCUUUCAGUAGUAAGAUGGCUAAUGCAAUUAAGGCCAUUAGGGAGAGACUAGAUGCAAUUGCAGAAGACAGGAAAAAAUUUCAUCUCAUUGAGAAGCCUAUAGAUAUGCGAGUUGAGAAUACUAAGAGGGAGGAGACUCACUCUUUUGUUCAUGCAGGAAGUGUAAUUGGAAGGAAUAGUGAUAAAAUGGCACUAGUAGAACUUUUGUUGGACAAUAACGUUCAAGAGAAUGUGUCAGUUGUUGCAUUAGUUGGAAUUGGGGGAUUGGGAAAGACCACACUUGCACAAUUAGUUUACAACGACGAAAGGGUCAAAAAAUAUUUUGAACUUAAGAUGUGGGUGUGUAUCUCUGAUGUCUUUGAUGUUCAACUCAGUGUAGAAAAGAUCAUAGAGUCUGCAACAGGCCGAAAGCCUGAAAACCUUUCGAUGGAUAAAUUGCAAGAAAAGCUUAGGAGAGAAAUUGACGGGAAUAAAUAUUUGCUUGUGUUGGACGAUGUGUGGAAUGAGGAUCGUGAGAAAUGGCUAAAAUUGAGAGAUCUAUUGCUGGGUGGCUCAAGGGGAAGUAAAAUUUUAGUAACUACCCGCAGUGAAUUAGUUGCUACAGUAGUUACUGACUCAGUUUUACUAUAUCAUUUAAAAGGCUUGUCUGAGGAGGCAUCCUGGUCUUUAUUUAAGCAAUUGGCAUUCAAGCAAGGGAAAGAGAAUCCCUGUCGAUUAACAAUGGGGAGGGAAAUUGUGCAGAAGUGUAAGGGAGUUCCUCUUGCUAUAAGGGCUAUAGGAAGCUUACUAUACUCUAAAGAUACAGAUGUUGAAUGGUUGGUUUUCAAAAAUAAUGAUUUGUCGAAAAUAGCUCAAAAAGAGGAUGUUGUUCUGCCAACACUAAAGUUAAGUUAUAAUUGUCUUCCUUCGUAUUUGAAGAGAUGCUUUGUGUUUUGUUCCUUGUAUUUGAAAGAUGAAAAGAUUCGUAAGAAAGAACUAAUCCAAUUGUGGAUUGCACAUGGAUUCAUUCAGCCAUUGUAUGGAAAUCAACAAUUGGAGGAUGUAGGAGAUUUGUAUUUUAUGGAGUUAUUGAGGAGGUCCUUUUUUCAAGAUGUUGAAAUGGAUCAAUGGGGUGAAGUAAUAAGUUGCAAAAUGCAUGAGCUUGUCCAUGACCUAGCAGAAUCUAUUGUGAGGCCCAAAAGUUCCAUAGUGAAUGCAAAUGCAGAAAAUAUUACUGAAAGCACUCGUCAUUUGUCUUUAGAUUCUUGUGUAAAUUUGUCAGGGGAAAUGUCAACCCACUUGGUUAGAGCUCACAAGUUACGAACUUUGAAGAGUCCAAAGGUUCAAGUUUCAAACAAAUCAGUUUUUGAAAAGAUUGUUUCAACUUUUAAAAGUUUACACGUGUUAGAUCUGAGCCAUUCGGGGACAAAGACCGUGCCGAAUAAUAUAGGCAAGUUGAAACAUUUAAGGUAUCUUGAUCUCAGUGAUAGUUGUAUAUCGACUCUGCCAAGUUCAAUUACCAAGUUGCAAAAUUUACAGACUCUAAAACUCAAUGAUUGCGUCAAUCUUGAAGAAUGGCCAAGAGAUUUUAAAAAAUUGAUCAGUCUUAGACAUCUUGAGCUUGACAACUGUCCUUCCUUGCCUCACAUGUCGAGUGGAUUGGGCCAGUUGACGUCUCUUUCGACAUUAACAAGAUUUGUGGCUGACUCAAAUAGUCUGUUGAGUGAAUUGUAUAGCCUAAACAAUUUACGGGGAAGGUUGAGUAUUAUAAUCCUUGGACGUGAGGGCUCAAGCAGCCGCUGGUGUUUAAAAAACACAACAGUAGAAGAGGGAAGAAUGGAGAGAACAAACUACUUGGAAGCGAAAGAAUACCUUAAGACGCUGGAAUUAUGUUUUUAUAGGAAUGAUGAUGAUGAGUUAUUGUUGGAAUUUCUGCGUCCACACCGGAAUCUGAAGCAACUGAUGAUAAAUUUUUAUGAUGGAGUUGUUGGGAAACCUUUGGAGUGUAUUUGA